GCUACCCAUGUCUGUUCCUGUCGAUCCGUCAAGCUGCUCUCAAAAGACAAGCCGUUGACAGAGACUAAAGUGACCUGCGCCUGCUGUCUCACUUGCAUGCCUGCGUGGAACAAGAACAAACAACCCAAAGGGCGCCACCAUGAAUCUCUCACAGAACGACGCGUGGGUAACACAGCUUGCGGCUGACACGUUGGCAGAGGCACAAUACUGUUGUUCCAGGUUAUCUUCAUGGCACAAACAAGGGCAACGUCCACCAACCAAUACUUGGACCUCGUUCAAUACAGACCCGUCAAGAAACUUGGGUGCCUCUAUUCUCGCUCGCUGAGUAUACUGCAGAAGGAUUCCAACGACUGUGACAAAAUCGGCCUCUCGCUUCCUCCAAUCACCACGACCGCUGCGCCCCCAUGCGGCCGAAGCUUCGCCUUCAAAAGCUGCAUCCUGACCAGCCAGCCAUCGCAAACCGUCCAAGCAGACUGCAACGUGCUCCAACGAAGAAUUCUGGAACAAUUUCCACGGCCGUGCAAGAUCAUUCGGCAAAAGUCGAGGCAGAAAACUUCGGAUAGCAUACUGCCCGUACCCAUUCUGGAGGUCGGCGAACAGACGCGGGAUGAGCCUCAAGGCUAUGUCGACAUCGGACCAACCGCUCAGGCUGUGUCAGAAGCUUCCAGUUCGAGAGCACCGACCAACACUGCAUCUACCCCCUUUGGUGUCGGCAUUGCGAAAAACAACCUCAGUCUGGCUACUUUCAUCAGCAUUACGGUAUAUCCCUCUGCUGGCUUAUGGAGGGGCUUGAGGCAUCAUCGCGUCGAUUUCAAGCGUCCACGGCUCAGCUGAAUCCCAUGUCAGCGCAUCUCUGGGACAGCGGGGCAGUGCGGGCUUACAACACUGAAAAGUCUAUGAUCACCUCAAAGAUUAAU